UGUGUCCGCUCAUUCAGCGUCUGUCUCCGGGUAACUUCUCUGUCAAAGACCCUCCACCCUCCGGAACAAAACACCAAACUUCCACAAACACUUUCCUUAUUCUUUAAUUUGAUUUACAAGCGUCCAUUAGUGCGCCUGGAGGAGGAGGACGUUGCGGGUAUGUGAUGGGUUAACGGCGGAAGGCCUCACCUGUCGUGCGCGUCACCCUCGGUCCCGCCGCCAUCCCUGAGGAACAGCCGCCGCCGCUAGACGCGCCUCCACGGCUCGCUCACAUCCUCCCGCCCCGCCGCUCCAUCACCACCACCACCACUAUCACCACCACCUCUCUCACCCAGAGGAAGACCGGAGGAACGGGAGCGGAACAAGGGGAAACCAUGAAGGACCGCAUGCUAGAACUUCGACACGGGAAGGAGACGACCGAGGAAGAGGAUGAAGUCGCCGUGGGAAUGGAGAAAGGCUUUAUGGACGAAUUCUUUGAACAGGUGGAAGAAAUCCGGGGUUUUAUCGAGUCUCUGGCAGAGAAAGUUGAAGAGGUCAAGAGGAAGCACAGCGCCAUCCUCGCCUCACCUAACCCCGAUGAGAAAACUAAGGCUGAGCUGGAGGAUUUAAUGGCUGACAUCAAGAAGUUGGCCAACAAAGUACGAUCCAAAUUAAAGAGUAUCCAGAACACCAUCGAGCAAGAGGAAGGACAGAACAGGUCAUCAGCUGACCUGAGGAUACGUAAAACACAGCACUCCACACUGUCCCGCAAGUUUGUCGAGGUGAUGUCCGAAUACAACACCACGCAGUCGGAUUACAGGGAGCGCUGCAAGGGACGCAUCCAGAGGCAGCUGGAGAUCACUGGGAGAAAUACAACCAACGAGGAGCUGGAGAGCAUGUUGGAGAGUGACAACCCAGCUAUCUUCACUUCGGGGAUCAUUAUGGACAACAUCACGCAGCAAGCGAUGAACGAGAUAGAGACGCGGCACACUGAGAUCAUCAAGCUGGAGAACAGUAUUAGAGAGCUUCACGACAUGUUCAUGGAUAUGGCCAUGCUGGUGGAAAGUCAGGGUGAGUUGGUGAACAACAUUGAGCACAGCGUGCUCGGCGCUCAGGAGUAUGUGGAGCAGGCGAAGGAUAGAAUCCCAAAAUGCAAAAAGUUGAAAAAGACAAGCAGCCGGAAGAAGAUCCUGAUAGGAGGUUGUGUUGCACUAUGUGUGAUCAUCCUCAUUAUUGCCCUCACUAUUGGACUCACUUAGGACCAUAAGAGAACCUCACAGAGCAGAGAGGACCUGACGUGAUGCACAGAACAGUACAUAGUGUUCAGGUGUUACAGUGGUGUCUGUGAUGUGCAGUGAGGAACUGCUGCUACAGUAAGAAAUAGGCAUUUUUCAUGUUGUCAUUUUAUAUAUAUGCUAUUUAUUCAUUGAAAUUAAAGAAAAUAUAUUUAAACGUAUUGUACUGUAACGUUUUCUGGAUAUGAAAGGACUUCCCUUUCAUCUGAACAUUGGCUUUUUCAGCAAUCAACUCUGGAAAAUGGGACUACAAAGUUUAAGUUUCCUUUAAAGCCACUUAGUGGAUUUCCGUUAAUAUGCAACAAUCACAGUGUAGUACACAGCUUAUUUCUAGAGCUACCUGUCUGCGCUACCCCCUGCAACCACUAGAUGGCUGUAAAUUCAGGAUUUCUCUUUUCUACACAGUGUCUUUAAAUACAAGUGUGUAUGUUUGUUGCAUGUGUGAAAAUAUAUAUGUAAUAUAUGUUGUUUACUGUAUUCUGAACAAAAUGCAGGAACUAUAAAUGUAUGGUUUUUGAAGGUAGACGAUGCAUCCAACCCACACUCCAUACGCGAACAUCACGAGAUCCAUUUCUUUACUCCUGUUUUUUUCCAAUCUGCAUAUUGUUCGGAAUACUAUGAAUACUAUAAAUAUGUUAAGUCAUAUUUCUAACAUGUUUUCCUCUGUUCCCCAAAUGCUGCCACGGAUUAUAUGUACUUAACACUGAUCAGAAGAAAAUCAUGAUUCUUAUAUGCUGUGUGGUUCUGGGGAUUGUCAUUGCUUCCAUCAUCGGGGGAACGUUGGCCUAACCCUCUGUCCCAGUUACACUGAAACACACACAAACACACACACAGAUCUAAAACAGAGCAGAUCUACAAAUUCCGUUUCCUGUUUUCCUGAAUGCAAUCUACAACACGUUUAGCACAAGGUGCGGUGCCUGCUGUACGAUAAACACAUUUGAAACAGUGUGCAGGGCCAGAGGUGUUUUCGCAUGUUUUGCUAUUUUGUAAAUGUGCGGUGCUGCAAACUGUUUAUCUGAGUGUUUUGUGUUGUCAAAGAUAUGAUGUUUCCAAAAGUGAAGUCUUGAAUGGAACAAGUUGCUAAACGCUACAUAUCGCUAUACUAAUACAUUCCAACUUCCAAAUAUUCAGUUGUAAUGUCUACUCCGUGCUGUACAGGCAAAGUAUCAGGCCACUUAUCGGCAGUGUUUUCAAAGCCACGUUAUCUAUAGAUCUGUUUCUUUUCCCGUGGUAAUAUCCGUUAUCUUUUCUUUACUCUGACCCGGAUGUCCUCUACCACCCUUCGAGAGCCCUGCAUGGAUUAGUUCACUGUCAAGCUGCGUUUUUGGUAUUCUGUUGUGAAAAGGGGAAGAAGACAGUCGUACUGAUGUGAGAUUUUUUUGUUUAGCUCGUAGAGUCUUCAUCACACUGCCAAACUUUUUCAAACUUCCCUUUUGUUCGGGCCUUACCAGUCGCGCAGCCUCUCUGACUGUGGCUGCGGUGUGAGUGACUGCGUGUGUGCAUGCAUCAAGUGAGCGGUGAUGAGCGUGUUUGUUUGUAGCUAAGCGUGCAGAGUGCGAGUCAUUGGAUGAGAAUGUGAGUGCUUGAUAAUAGUCUCCUGUUGGUUUUGUAUAAAGUGUAAACUGAUAUAUAUAUAAAAAAGCUCUCUAACACUGCCAGUAUGUUCAAAGAAGCUGUUAAAAUAGAGUCUCGUCUGGUUGGAGGUUGUACGCUUGUUGUAUUAUGUCUUUCUUUAAUAUAUACAAACCCUGAGAUUAGAAAAGAGCACAUCCUCCCGUCCAACUACUUCUGUUUAUUUGUAUGAAUGAACUUCAGUCAGUAUGAAUUCAAAGUAGCCCCGUGAAAGACUCCUCUCAGUUUUCUGGCGACUCAUCAGACGUGCACAAUGCAACCGUGUUACCAUGUUGCCUACUCGACCUGUUGCCUUUGUGUUGUAUUGUGACAACAUUGUUAUGUUUGUUUGAUCCAAGUUGUUUUUUUGUUAUUUUUUUAUUUCAAGUAAAGUUUGUCUGAAAAAUCA